AUGUUUAUUGUAUAUCGUGACCAACCCAAUAAUAUAUUUUAUGUGUCCUUAGAAAUAUUUGAUGAGGAUUUUAUUCAAAAUAUACUUAAUGGACUAAACUCUCAUCCAGUUAUUCCGUCAAUGUUAUGUUAUUUCAUUGAAUUUUCAACAAAUUCAAAAUUAAAAUAG